AUAUUGUCAGUUUCACUUUCUUUUCAUAAGCAUUGACUAAUUGACUAGUGUUUGUGGUUGUAAAUAGUGAUGUCGCUGCCAGUCAGUUUGUCUCGGUUCCGUGGUGCUCUUCUUGGGGCACUCGCCGGGGAUUGCCUUGGAUCUGUGUUUGAGGGGAUGGACAGAGUGUCCUUCGGGAGUGUGUGUGAUUUCUUAAAGGAGGUGGACAGAGGAGACCGAGUGGAUGACGACCUAACAUACACAGAUGACACAGCCAUGGCAAGGUGUUUGGUGCAGUCGCUAUUGGACAAACCAGAAUUUAAUGCAGAUGACUUAGCUCAACGGUUUACCAAUGAGUAUCUCACAGACCCAGAUCGAGGAUAUGGGAUGGCUGUCGUAGUUGUAUUUAAGAAACUGGGAUGUGGACAGUAUGUUAAUGUGUUUUCUCCUGCUAAGGAGCAGUUUAAUGGAAAAGGGUCAUUUGGAAAUGGAGCAGCAAUGAGGGUGGUAGGAGUACCAUUGGCCUACCCCACUGUGCAGGACAUCAUAAAGCCUUAUAGUUUUCAGUGUGCAUCCCUUCCAAUAAAUAUAUCAAAGGCAGCUGUUUUUCUCCAUUUAGGUAAUGGGAUUGCUGCCCUGGAGUCGGUUCCUACUGCAAUCUACUCAUUCCUGCGUUACAUGGAACCUGUAGAUGAGCUACCUAAAGAAUACAACAGCCUGCAGCGCACUAUUACAUUUUGUAUAUCUCUGGGGGGUGACACAGACACUAUUGCCACCAUGGCUGGAGCAAUCGCUGGAGCAUACCAUGGCGUGGAGCAGAUGCCACUGAACUGGAAGCUCAGUAUUGAGGGUCAUAAGGAUGCAGAGAACUGGGGGGAAAAGCUGCACGAGUUGUAUAAUAAGAGACUGGAGACACUCACGUCCUAAACAUAUAUAAACUGAGAACCAAGAAGGACUGCUAACAUAGAUCAUUUGCUUGUAACGCACAUCAGUAGACCUGACAACUAAUUUUACAAUAUUAAAUGUAUUAUUCAAAUCAAAUAUUUAUCUUAAUCAAGAGCCAAUAUAAUAGAAAUAUGACAUGCUUUAAUGUUAGUGGAUGUGAAUUUAUCACUAGCAACUUGAAUGUUUUAACUAUGUGUUUAACCCCUUUUGCGUGGGGUUAAAGUGUCAUUAAGGAGCUGCAGGGAACAGCAGGUCUGAAGUGAAAACAGCUGAUGAGCCAAUCGGCAAACUCAGCUGCACAAUUCAUCUAUGUAACUGCCACUGCUGAUUGGCUCACUGACCGUUUCCACUCGGGACCAGCAGUUUGCCCUUUUUUGUGGGUUAAACCUAGAGUGGCAGGGUUGCUAUUGGUGAAAUCAUAUGCCCUAAUGAGAGCAUGUAAACGCUCCACAAAAAUUACCUUCUCAGAUGCUAAAUAAGUGAAAUUGUUUGUAAACAUUUUUUUAAUUUCUUAUUUUAUAAUAAAUCUAAUAUUCAAUACAUUUUAA